GGUGUCUCCCCUACCCCGCUCCUCCGGGACCGUGCUCCGUGUUUUCCGCUCCUCCCGGACCCAGCUCUGUGUUUUUACUCCUCCCGGAUCCAGCUCCGUGUUUUCCGCUCCUCCCGGACCCUGUCAGUUAUUUGCUCCGGUUUCGAGGCGGUCAACUGCCAGAUGAUGCAAAGAAUUACCAGGUUAAAAAAAGAAAUGCAGUUGUUGGCGAGCCAGCCUCCUCCUGGAGUCUCCUGUUGGCAAAAUAAUGACCAGAUGGAUGACUUACGAGCCCAGAUUUUAGGAAGUGUUGAUUCACCGUAUGAAGGAGGAAUAUUUAACCUUGAAAUUAUUGUUCCUGAAAGGUAUCCAUUUGAACCUCCCAAAAUUCGGUUUCUGACCCCAAUCUAUCAUCCUAACAUUGACACUGCGGGAAGGAUCUGCCUGGACAUCUUGAAGCUGCCUCCAAAGGGUGCCUGGAAGCCAUCCCUUAAUCUUGCUACUGUGUUAACUUCCAUUCACUUAUUGAUGUCAGAACCUAAUCCAGAUGAUCCUCUCAUGGCUGAUAUUUCAUCUGAAUUCAAAUACAACAGACAGUCUUUUUUGGAAAAUGCAAAACAAUGGACAUUAAAGUAUGCGACACCAGCAAAAAAAGAUGAGAUAUCUAGCUGCCUGAAGGAGAAUCAGAGCCAUGUUGAAGACCAGAAUCAGAGCCAGGUUGUGAAUAAGAAUACACCAGUAUCGAGAAAGAGAUCUGCCUGUGAUUCUGAAAAUGCUAAGAAAUUUUGUUUAUAAAUAAUGUGGUACUUGUAUUUGUGUUUUGAUGUUAUCUUUUAAAGUUUUUGUAACUAACCUGUAAAUUUGUUGCUUAUGUGUUUUCAUAAAUGUAGUUUUUGGAAAUGACAAUAAAUUACCAAUUGGU